GAUCCUUCAUACAACUAGUGCAAGCUUGUAUGCGUUGGUCGUUCGAAGAUCUAAUGGCGUGCUGUAUAGAUACCAAGGAUCUAUAAAUAUAUCGAACCAUAACUCGCGACUUAGCGUGACGUGCUCGAGUCGCAUCAAAGAGCGAUCGGGUUCGUGUAGAACGGCACUCACAAACUCUUCUCGUACAACUCCCCGUGCCUUUUGAUAUCAUAUCACACUCUACCAGGACCAAUAUGUCGCACACCGACUUUCGUGUCAUUAUUAACGGCGGAGGACCUGUUGGACUCCUAGCUGCUCACCUCCUUACUGCGGCCAAAAUCAAGUAUGUCAUUCUUGAGAAAAGUUCAACGGUUGCCGCAGAAGGCGGUGCGUGUAUCUUUUUGCAAGGGAGUACGUUGCGUGUUAUUGAGCAGCUUGGUUUUCUAGAGCAGUUGAUAGCCCUGUCGACUCCUAUGGAGUUCAAAGAAGAUCGUAUGAUAGGUGGAAAAACAUGUAGACGCACCGAGGUUGGAUCACUCUGGAUGAAUAACCAUGGCUACCCGUGCCUCUACCUGCCUCGGAAGGCAUUAGUCGGAUUUUUACGUGAUUCUCUUCAGAAUCACGGAGAAACGAUACGACUGAACUCAAAUAUUUCCGACAUUAAGACAGGCGCCAAUGGCGUGCGUGUGUUCCUUAAUGAUGGCUCCGUCGAAAAUGGUUCUAUUGUUUUAGGCUGCGAUGGUACCUACAGCCAUACAUUGAGGACUGCGCAGAAGUUAGCUCAAGAGAACGGCCUCCAAACACAAGGUCUCUCCACCACUCGACAUAUCCAAACAUUGUAUGGCUAUGCUCCUUAUCCUGGUCGAGGCGAGAUAGGCACUCUUUAUGAAGCAAGGUCGAGCCCUUUAGGUGCCCAAUCAUGUGCCAAUGCAGAGACAGUGAUCUUUGUGCUUGCUAGGCGCCUACCCAAAGCUAGAAUUGAGCGAAAACACUAUACAGAGGAGGAGAAGCAGGAGUUCGUAGACGCCUGGAGAGACAAACCUAUCUUCGCAGACGUGACUUUUGGCGAGAUAUGGAAAAAGUCCCAAUGGUCAAUCUUGACUGACCAAGAAACCGGCUUUUCGGAUCUAUGGUACCACGACCGCAUCGUCAUGGCUGGAGACUCUGUCACCAGUAUGGAGUCCUUCGCUGGCAUGGGGUUUAAUAUCGGAGCAAUGCAUGUUGUUUCCCUGAUCAACGGUCUCGAAGAACUGAUUGAUCGCGAAGGCAGCUCGCCGCCAACAUCGUCUCUCACGAACGUUUUCGAAACGUACCGGGCGCAAGUAGAGAAACCCUCUAGGAAUGCGAUAGAUCUCACCACCAAAGCCGUCGAUGGAACCACAUGGCCAUCAUGGCUCUCAUACAUGAUCGAUCAGUAUGUGUUUCCCCUGGUAGGAGUGCGCAAUAUUAUGCAUCAGGUCUUCAGUAAAGAUAUCAUCCGCUAUGGGCAGCUUGUAAAAUUUUUACCAAAGGAAGGCACGAAAACAGGUGCGGUUGCUUGGCAUUUUGAUCCCUGAGUCAUAGCAUACAUGGUACACAACGACAUUCG